UCAGUUGACCUCUGGUGUUGUUGUCUAACCGGGUCACAGUUUCUCUCCGUGUCGCUAAAUAAAGUUCGGGAUCCAGACCCAGCAGCGGAGCGUGGGCCUGCUGAGACCAGCUGGAACCGGUUCGUGUCCGCCCACGGUCCUCCUGGUCCGGUCCGGACCGUCUGCGAGGCGAGGCUGAGCUCGUCAGCGGGCUCGCAAACCCCGAGGCCGGCGCGGAGAGUGAGAUGACCCGCUGCUGGCGCUGCAGGCCGGGCGCAUCUGAGUGAGAGGCCGCCGGCGGAGCGCCGAGCCCCGCAGGCAUGUGGCAGAGCCUCGGCCUCACCCUGCUGGUCAUCGUGGCCACGCUGCUCUGCGUGCUGCUCUUCAUGCUGUUCGGUUGGUACGUCGUCUGGCAGCUCUUCCUGUCCAAGUUCAAGUUCCUGCGGGAACUGGUCGGCGACGCCGGAACGCCUCAGGCCGAGACCCGGCCAUCAGAACCCGAACACCCGGCCGGCGCCCCGACCAGAACCAGGAACCGGACCGCACGCCAAAGACUCUCCUUCCCGGAGAGCAACUCGUAGCGGGUCGUCGCUCCUCACUGGACGGUUUACAGGAACCAGCCGGUCCAAGGGAAGUCCUGUGAGGACGGUCCAGUCCGGUCCGGUCCGGUCCGGUCCGGUCCGGCUGCUUCCUGCCGCCUGCAGCUAGGGGGCGGGGCUUCUUGGCGUAGAUGACCUCCAUGACCUCAAACUGCUAAUCAGUGAACCGACGACCUGGACGUGUGACAUCAUGCUGUCAGAAACCGUCUUCAGGAAGUCACAUGGUCUCUUGUGUCCAAUCAGCUGCUGCCAGCUGACCUCAUCAGUAUUUCAGCACUUCCUGUGGCUUUUAAUCAGCUGGGGAGGGCCGGGGGGUCUUUAUUAAGAUGAAAAUCCUUUAGCUAAAUAAAUUAAUGCCAAACAGGAAAUGAAGCGAGUCUUUUGUGGCGAUGUUAACACGCCCCCCAGUGGUUAGUAGCAGCAUUACAUAAAAAACAGAUACAGGUUCUGGAUUUAAAACAUUUAUCCAAGUUUAUUAGCUGCUGCACAGCAUCUUUAUUCAAUGAAAAUGUUCUGACUGGUUAUGGAAAAUACAUCAAAGAAAUGCAGAGAAAACUAAUGGCAAAUUAUUAAACCCCAGAAUCAAUAAUUGAUUUUAGAUCCAUUAAAAUGUAUAUCGUUUUCACUGUUCCAGAAAUGUAAUUUGGAAAAUAGAAUUUAAUGCAGCAACUACAUACAACCUAACAAAUUUUCUGUUCUGUAAAUCAUGCCUAUAAAAAUAUUUAACCUCUGA